AUGCUUGAUUACUGUGUAUCCACAAUACGAUAUCUAUAUAAAACGGGCGAGAGAUCCCCAGCCAACCAAGAUGGCGGCCCCCUUAGCUCUGGCAAGCCUUCCAUGAUGGUUUCCCCCUGGCCCACCGACUCCUCCUGGAUGAUUUCCUUGGAUGGCGCAGGCCACGCUGGGCUCGAGGCUGGUGAGUCCCCUGCCUGCAGUGGCCGAGAUGGAUGCAAGGGAGAAGGGCCAGGGCGGCAUACAUCUAUGGGUGAAUGGUACACAUUGUGCCACGAAGAUGGCCAUUUCGGUUAA